AUGGGAGUCAUCAAGAAGAAGACGGGUACCCGGGGCACAGAAGGCGGCACUAAGUAUGUCUGUGAUGUCUGCUCAUCCGAUAUCACGUCGACGGUCCGCAUACGCUGCGCCGAAGACAUCUGUCACGAAUAUGACCUGUGCGUGCCUUGCUUCUCCGACGGCAAGGCCACACGGGACCACCAGCCCGCCAAACACAAGUUCAAGGUCAUCGAGCAGCAUUCGAUACCCAUCUACACCGAGGACUGGGGCGCCGACGAGGAGCUGGCCUUGUUGGAGGGUGCUGAGACGUAUGGUCUAGGAUCAUGGGCAGACAUCGCCGAUCACAUUGGCGGCUACCGGGACAAGGAUGAGGUGCGCGAGCACUACAUCAACACAUAUCUGAAUAGCCCCAGCUUUCCUCUACCGGAGCACUGCAGCAAGGAUGAUACCGAGCUCAGCACUCGGAUACCGCGCCAUGAGUUCCAGGCUAGGAAGAAACGGAGGAUUGAGAAGAAGAAGGAGGAAGCUGCAGCACGUGAACCGGAUGCUCCUAAGCAGAAGCCUACGGCUAGUGUCCCAGCAUGUCACGAGGUCCAAGGCUACAUGCCAGGUCGUCUGGAGUUCGAGACAGAGUACUUCAACGAAGCCGAAGAAGCGGUCCAGCACAUGCAGUUCGAUCCUGGCGACGGCAUCAACCCUAGGACUGGCGAAAUAGAACCCGAGAUGGAGCUUAAGAUGACUAUUAUGGAAAUCUACAAUUCCCGCCUAGACGCCCGAGUAGAACGAAAGAAGAUCAUUUUCGAGCAUCAACUACUCGAGUACCGCAAGAACCAAUUGGCCGACAAGAAACGAACAAAAGAAGAAAAGGACCUCAUGAACAAGGCCAAGCCUUUUGCGAGGAUGAUGAAGCAUAGUGACUUUGAGCAGUUCUGUAAGGACCUGGAAUACGAGCAUAACCUGCGACAGGCCAUUUCACAGCUGCAGGAGUGGAGGAACAUGCAGAUAACCAGUCUCAAGGCUGGCGAAAAGUACGAGCAAGAGAAGCAACAGCGGCAAACUAGGCCACCACCAAUUGGACAGUUCGACCGCCUGGCAUCCAACAGAAUCACGAAACCGCAGCCGCCGUUCGAACAGCCUUCGGCAGCCACGGCAUUGCUUGCACAGGAGCUCCCACUGCACAUCAAGCAAAGCAGUGGGCUUACCACGCCACCCCCAGACCGUACUGCCAAUGGUGUCAAUGGUCUUGCUAACCCACAACAAGCCAAGUCUAAGUUUGUGGUGAAGCCGCUCCCCAACACAGUGCCUUUGAAGUUCAGCAAACAGGCACUGGCGGAUGCCAGCCUGCUCCACCCAGAAGAGAAAGAGCUCUGUUCGGUACUGCGCAUAAUGCCGAAGCCAUACAUGUCGCUCAAGGAAAAGAUACUCCACGCGGCCUAUGUCAAUGCCGGUGUUCUUAAGAAGAAGACGGCUAGAGAGAUCUGCAACAUAGACGCAGCCAAGGCUGGACAAAUAUACGAACUUAUGGUGCACAGCGGAUGGAUAGCGAGGGGCUAG